AUGGCCACUGGUGACCGUUCUAUGUCGACGCUAGAGUCUGCGUGUGGAUUUCUUUUUGAGUUUGAGCAGAUCCAUGGCUAUAGGGGCACGCAACAAAAGUUAAACCUUUUGAUCCCGCUACAAAGUGUCAAAAUGAGUUACUCAAAGGUGUUGACGCUUCCAAACCUCCGAGACAAGCUUCGACCGGAUGUGUUGCGGCGAGUUGAUGGAAUCCUGGCGGACCUGCGCGUUGAAAUGCGCCCUUUGGCGAAGAAACACCAAAUCGGAGCACAAUCCACCGUCAAAAUGGACCUCCACAACAAGAAAAGGGAGCUGGCUGCGGUGGAAAAGCUCAUCGUUAUUCUCCAUGAAGAAUAUGACGCCGGACACCUUGAUACCGCAGAUGAGGAACUUUGCUUGGAUCGUUGCAAUUUGGAUCGCCGAUUCAAAGCCCUCACCGCUGAUACCGUUGUGCCUGGAGCCUCUGGUCAAGAGAUUGGGGACAGAGUACACAACGACAAAAUGUCGAAAAGAAGCAAUGGGUCUAUCGACAAGUCCCCAUACGUUGAUGAAGCAUACAUGGACUCGUUGAUCGCCCCAUACAAGACACCCAAAGGGGCGAAGAGUCCAAUUUUGGCAGCAAAAGAUGAUGCUGAUGCUGAUGAGGACCAAGGAUUUGAAGCUGUGGAUGGCGAGACCAUGGAUGCUUUUCUCGCGGAUAGCUCUGAUGACCCGGGUGCGCCACCCACAUCGCCGUUGACUGUGGAGUCUGACGAUAGUAUGGAUGACAUUGAGAUCGAUGGCGAAAUCGUGAUUGUAGAGGAGGAUGGUGAAGGAUGGGAGAAUAUAGAUGAUGAAUAUAAAUGGGGAGAUGCAUGGGUUGAUGUGGAUGAAGACGUAGACGAAUAUGCAGACGAAGACGAAGAUAGACGAAUACGCGGACAAAGACGAAGAUAG